AUGGUACAUUAUAAUAACUAUACACGAAACUUUCGCUUCAACCAUCCGCCAGAUAAGGACGUUCUUGUUGGCAAGAGUGCCGACGAAAAUGAGAAACGUUCGGGCGGUGCAGGAGAACCGCCCAUAAUAUCUAAACUACCAAAAGAAGAUUCUCUCACAAAAGAAAUAUUGUUACUCUAUCAGUCACUGCUUCCAACAAAAGAUUCGGAUUAUAAACGAAAAGAUUUCGCUGAUAAAAUUGAAAAAUUACUAAACGAGGAAUGGCCGGGACAUGACAUUAAAGUACAUAUGUUUGGUUCCUCCAUGAAUCUACUAGGAACAACACAGUCUGAUGUUGAUUUAUGCGUUACAACACAAUGGAAUGGAUUAAGGGGUAUAAUUAAUUUAUCCAAAUGCCUGAAAAAUCGCGGCAUGGAGAUAUUACAAUGCGUGCCAAAAGCCAAAGUGCCGAUAGUGAGGCUAUGGGAUCCAAGCCUACAUCUGGCCUGUGAUAUAAAUAUCAAUAAUACAUUAGCAUUGCAUAACACACGUCUAAUACGGAAUUAUGUGACAAUCGAUACAAGAGUACGACCAUUAGCAAUGAUCGUAAAACACUGGGCACGAAAACGGGUUUUGAAUGAUGCAGCUAAGGGUGGUACGAUCUCAACUUACACCUGGACCUGCAUAGUUUUGAAUUUCCUCCAAAUGCGAAAUCCUCCGAUACUACCGGUUCUUCACAGUAUGCCACAUGAUGAUGUUGAGCCAAUAAUCGUAAACGGCGAAGAUGCAUCAUUUUACGAAAAUGUGGAGAAUUUAAAAGAAUUUGGUUCAAAAAAUAAAGAAUCAGUAGGUGGAUUAUUGUUUGGGUUUUUUAGACGCAUGGCUUAUGAAUUUGACUAUGAGAAACACGUAAUAUCGUUGCGUCAUGGCAAAUAUCUUACAAAAACGGAAAAAGGUUGGGACACGUGUAAAGGUUGGAAAAUGUUAUGUGUCGAAGAACCCUUUAAUACGACAAGAAAUCUUGGAAACAGUGCUGACGACAUCAGCCCUAAUAAUCGAAAACCUGGAUAUAUUCAUGUUAAGUACCAUCAGAAUGGUCAUCAGGGCGGGCGGGCGUAUAAUGAGUGUGACACGAUCGACAAUUUUCAGGAUAUGAAUGGGAAAAGUGCCUACCCUCAAGAAGCUCAAUAUAAUGAGGAAGAUGAAUCUAACACCCCUAAUACGUCGAGAUUUGUUCAAGCUGAUGAUAUUCCUUCAUCGAGAAAGGAUGUUCUUUGUCCAACAAUUAAUGGUGAAGAUUUUAUCCCAACAUCGGAAACAAUGCACGUGGAUACAAAGCGUAUGAAUGGCUACAAUGAGAACAUUGAUGUUGACAGAUUUAGUGCUUAUCAAACAAAAAAAUUCGUUUCUGAGAAUGAUAUUUAUCCAAACAGACGAGAACGCACUGCUCUUCCCGAAAAAAUCGGUGAUGAAAGUUCAUUUGCAUCUCUGACGACGACAACACACGAUAUUUCUCAAUUUCGUCAUGAUGUAACAUCUUCGGAGUCGAAAAAUGAUGAGCAAUUUUCUUUCAGGGGUCCUUCAGCAAGACAAUUCAAUUACAAUAGGCAAGGUCCUAUGAAGAAAAAGAAUGACAAACGACUUUCACAAACAAGGCCUAUCAAUGACGAUCAUAAUUUUUCCCGUAUUUCUGUUCAUGAUUCAGUUCCGUCAAAUUCUGCUCAUAAGUCAAAUCAGAAUAUUGAAACUGAAGAAUCGACAAAACGUUUUUAUUACGCUAACCCGACCUUUUACAAGCAUCACAACCAAAAAUCCGACUUUAUCUCAAAUCAGAAGAAUUCUCGAACACAAUGCAGUUCAAGAUCUAAUUUUUCGCAAAAUUCGGAUCCAUCCUAUAAUUCGGAUGUUAAAUAUAAUAAUAAUAAUGGUUAUUCAAAUUAUUCACGUCGUUCGAAUACUCCUAACGAUUCAGAUCAAAAGAAUUUUUCCGCGCAUAAUUCAAAUUUUUCUUAUGAUUCGGAUAGGAGAAAUUUUUAUAAUAAGAAUCACAAGCAAAAACAAAUUGAGGAAUUAACAAGCUCGAGUCCAGUAAUUUCUUUUGAAGAUUCAUCAUCGAAUUCGAAUUUUGACAAUAAUAUUCGCUUAAAUCCUGUUCAAGUUUCGAGUCCGAAAACUGUUUAUAAGUCUCAAGGAUCAAACAAUUACAAGAAUGUUCGUAAGAAUUUGCAAAAUAACUUGAAAUCGUCACAGAAGUCCGCCGAGAAUUUCGAAUUUAACAAUAAUUAUCCGCUUAAUAAUUAUUCUACGUCAACAUCACGUAAUAACAGUAGUAACAAUAACGGGUUAAAAGUAUCAACGAGAUUCAACGAUUCAGUAUAUUCUGAUGCAAGCAACGGUAAUGGUUUCUUGUCACCACAAAACUCUAUUUCACAGCAGCAGCCUUUCCAGAAUCAACUUGAACAAUCUAAUGAUGGACCUGAUUACCAAAGACGAAUGUCACAUCAAUCGUCAUCUGAUGGUUCAAAUAGUCAAUCAAGUGGUAAUACUAGUAAUACUAGUUAUAGUAAUAGUAGCAACUAUUCAAAGAAUUAUCAACAGAAAAGUAAUAACAAUCAGGAUAAUUAUCAUCAACAACAAAACCUGAAUAAGCCAGUAUAUAAUAAUAGUAAAAAGAAGCAGAAGAAUAACCAGCAGGCGGAAAAUCGUAAUACUAAUAAUGAUAAUAAUGGUGUUUACAGAAAUUCCAUGAAUGGUAAUUGUUAUAGCAAUUCUGGAAAUAGAUCAAAUGGUAGAGAUUCAGUCUUUAUUAAUUAUGAGAUAACAUCCAUGUCGGAUCCAAAUUCUCAUAUAAAUCAAGGAUAUCAAGUAAUGUCAAAUGUUGGCAAUGAUAAUAAUUAUUACACGUGUGAUAACAGCGUUACUGGAUACAGAGAUAAUGGAUAUAGUGACAUAUUAAAAGGUUGUAACUCUAAUGUUGGAAAGGAUUCAAAUUUUUCAAAGACAUCGAACGUUAAUUAUAUUAAUGGUUCAAAAUUAGUGAACGGUGGCAGCCAAUCUUCAAUUCGAAAUGUAAAUGGUGGUAACUUAAACAAUAAUUGUUCACGUUCGUCCAUUAAUGAAUUUCAUAAUUCGUAUGGAAGUUGCCAACAUAUUCCCAAGUCCGUUGAAACCAACAAUAAUUUCAAUGCUCAAGCGAAGCAUGGCAACAAUAACUAUUCAAUGUCACCAAAGAAUGGAGGAAACAUUAACAAUGGCUUCACGAAUGGUCAACGAAUGAAUCAGAACAAAAAGGAUGAUGGUUCCAAUCAACUACAGCAAUCUUUACAAAUACAGUCAUUACCUCAAGAACGACAGAUAUAUAAUAAUUGUCAACUUCUUCAACAUCACAAUCAACAAGAAAGUAGUCCAAGACAGAAAAACGUACAGAAUGUUAAUGUUAAAAAGGGAAAUAAAGCUGGAUCGAAAAAACAACACGGUCACAAACAAAGCUUUGAAUGUCAACCACAACAAUAA